AUGAGCGCAGCACUAGAGCCGAUCCUGCGAUCGUCGUGGCAGGCGACCGCAGGCGUGUCAUCUCUCGCCGGUGUCCUCUCCCACCACACCGUCUUCCGGCCCUAUGAGAUCGAUGGCGCAGGCUGGGACCUCGUGUUCACCUACAUCGGCCUCUUUGUAGCCCUCUGCAUCGCCUAUGCACAAAUUGCUGGUUUCGGGUUCGUGGCGAGCCUCGGUCGGACCUUGCUCGUCGCCACCACCUACAACGUGAGCCUCACGGCCAGCAUUCUCGUUUACAGGGCCUUUUUCCACAGACUGGGACGCUUUCCCGGCCCCUUUAAUGCGAGACUCUCGCGCUUCUACGCAUUCUACAAGGCGACCAAGACUGUCAGAGGCUGCGAGGAUAUCCAGAAACUUCAUGAGCAAUAUGGCGACUUUGUUCGUGUCGGACCACGUGAAAUCUCCAUCAACCGCCCUUCUGCUAUCCGACCAAUCUAUGAGCCGCCUACCAAGACCACACGAUCGCCGUGGUACGCUCAGGUCUCCAACGAUGUGACCAAGAUCUCCCUGAAUUCGACCCGCGUCCUGUCGGUGCAUAAGCAGCGCAAGAAGGGCUGGGAGCGCGGCCUCGGCUCUCGAGCCAUGGCCAUCUACGAACCUCGUGUGACAGAAAAGGCCAACUCGUUGCUGUCCAGAAUCGCAGCAAAGGCGGGCACGCCGAUGAACAUGACCGACUACAUCAUGUUCUUCGGCUUUGAUGUGAUGGGAGACGUCGGCAAAACAGGCCUGUCCAAGGAUUUCCACAUGGUUGAGAACGAAACCGAGCACCCCGCCAUCAAGGGCAUCCACGAGAGUAUGAUGGCGAUCGGCAUUAUCGGGACAGUCCCGUGGCUACUCUCCAUGCUUGGCAAGAUCCCCGGCGCGGCUGGCGGGUACGCACGGUUCACGGGGUGGUGUCAUGACCAGCUCCAGGAGAAGCGCAAGAUCAUGGCCAACGAAAAAGCGAGUCUCAAGGACCAGGAGCCGCGGGAUGUCAUGUCGUGGCUUCUCAAGGCCAAGGAAGAUGGUGAUCCGUGUGCGCCUCCGGGUGAUCAAGCUGUGGAGGAGGACGCUCGUCUUCUCAUCAUCGCUGGAAGUGAUACCGUCGCUUCCGCCAUCACCAACGCGCUCUACUAUCUCGCAAAGAACCCGGACCGCUACCGGGCUCUGCAGGAUGCCCUCUGGCAGUAUUUCCCCCACGGCGACAGCGACUGGACGUACGAAAAGGCCCGCACCGUGCCGUACCUCGACUGGGUCAUCCACGAGACCCUCCGCCUCCGACCCUCGGUCCCCGGCGGUCUCGCCCGUGUCACACCGCCCGAGGGCCUCAUGGUCGACGACGUCUUCAUACCAGGGGACACUGUGACCUCCGUCCCAACCUACACCAUGCAACGCGACGAGCGCUACUGGCCCGAGGCGCUCUCGUUCAAGCCCGAGCGCUGGGAAGGUCUGAACACCGAGAAGGCCCCCUGGAUUCCCUUUACCAGGGGCCAGUGGGCCUGCUCGGGCAAGGCGCUCGCCAUGAUGGAGAUGCGGAUGGUGCUGGGACGGAUCGCGCUGCAGUAUGAUAUUGCCUUUCCGGAAGGUGUGACGGCGGAGAAUGUCGACUUUCGGUUCAAGGACACGUUUACGCAGACGCUGCCACCGCUGCCUCUUGUGUUUACGCCUACAUCGCGAUAA